CAAGUCUGUCUGUAGUCCUACCUCAGCCUCAGGGGACGUUUCUUCUCAGCAGCUAGCUAUCCAAAAUAUUCACUUUAUAGUCUAUGAUAAAUAAGAACAGUAUAAGUCUGAAGACAGCUCACAAGUUUACUCAGUGUAUGCUAUUGUUGGAUUCGUUUUCGCAUCCAAAAGCUAAAGUUUAUCCUCGGGUCAAUAGCGGCCGGACAGUUUUGUGGCGAUGGCGACAGUCGCCAGGAAAUUCACCAUGACCCAGAAGUUCCACCGCCGACGGUCCCGUCGCCAGCCCUAUCCGGUGAGAACCAUCACGACCCGGAGUCAGGGCAUGGCCAGUGGCUGCUUCUUCGAGAGGCUGCCUGCAGAGGUCUUUGACAUGGUCCUGGACAGACUCUCUGUGCUUGAGAUCAGUGUAUUCAGCAUGGUGUCCAAGGCCAUCAGUCGCUACAUUGUGAAUCACAUCUCUACUCAGACCUGGAGAAACAGAAUGAUCCUACAGAAGCUCCGGCACUGCUCCUCUCCCUCCUCUCCUCCUCCCAAAGAGGACCCCGCCACCCUGGGACACUACAAAGCGCUGGGGUUGUUGUUCAAGAGGUGUACCCUGUUGCUACCUACAAAGGACAGGUUGAAGUUUAUAUAUAGCAAGUUCUCCCAGGUCCCGUGCUUCAUGAUGGAGCAGUGCACUGCCUCAACAGGCUGCCCUUUCUUCUCCAGCUACGGAGUUUUCUUGCAGACAUUGAUUGCGGGCUGGGAUGAGCUGGAGUGUCACCGGGUCUUCAACUUCCUGUGUGACUUCACAAACCUUCCCCGGAAGAUCGAGUUGGUCGUCACUGGAAAGCCAGGAGCAUGUCAGCGGUUGGAGCUGCAGAUCCGUGCGUUCUGUCGUCAGGUUCUGUUGGAGCCGUGGAGCAGCCGAAGAGACACUCUGUUCUGGCUCACCAGGAUCCUCCAGUCCUGGCCCAUGGUCUCACAGGCCAGGCUACUGUUCAUACUCUAUGGACCACGGCUGCCUGACGGUUCUCUGGGCUGGCAGGAGCAGCUGGGUGCAGGAGUAGCCCAGUGUUCUCUGUGGGACUUGGCCAAGGCUGUGAUCCUGCUCCACAGUGACCUGGAGGCUAGAGACUGGACCACUGACACCGUACUGGCCAUACUGGAGGAACUCACAGUGCUCCCCCAGGCGUGGCAUGUAGAGAGCGUGGCCAGGCUGUUGAUCCUGUGUGGGAACAGUCUGUGUUACAGUAUUCUGGCUAGCAAGGCUCUCAACGGACGCCUCUUUGAGAUCUCACGACUCCUCGUCUACCUCAUACUGGUGUGUGAGAAGGACGGCUACUGUAUGAACUGGUCGGUGAGGAUGGUGCAGCAGGUGUGCCAGGUGUUCUUGUCGCCGUCAGACAGGUGGUCAUUCAUCCAGAGCGUUGAGAACAUGUUCUCAGAGGUUACCAUGGAGAUGUACGAGGUUGUCGUGGCAGGUAACCGUCAUGAGGACAUGGAGACCUUCCAGUGCCUCCUGAAUGCCAGCGCUCACUUCCACACUGAGAUAGUCUACAUGUUCCUCAAGAAGGCUUGAGGACAGAGAAAGGAAAGUCAGGGGCUGAAGAGAUAAAGGGGUGAGGAGAUAGAAGAAAAGGAGAGAGUAGGGACACUGUCAGGGAAAUGAUGAUCUGAAGGUUUGUGUUUGAGCAGAUAGAGGGAUAUAAAAGGAGUGAAGGUAGCCCAAGACGAUAGGGAAAAUUAAGGGUUUCUUCUCCCUUUGUCAACAGUAUUCACAUCAUUACACUUUUAUACUUUUGUUAUACAGCUUAUUUAUACUUUUGUAAAUGAACCUCUUUAAAAUAUUGGUAUCCUGUAAAGGGAGUAUUUAAUUAUAUUUAUAGAUUUAUUAACCUAAGUUUGCAACUAUUUAUUAGCAUUUCAUAAAGGUGUUCAACUUCUACAGUAUAACGGUUAUGAUGCAUUGAUUGUACUUGAUGCUUCUGUGUUGAUGGAAGCUGAAACUCAUCUGUUUUUGCAUAAAUUAUUAAAAUGGAAUUUGGGGUC